CGUGCUACUCCUGAAUUUAAUGGCAGCGGUUGUCUGGUGUGGCCCACUACGUUGUGAACCUGGAGACGAAUUUCUAGGGAGAUGCAGAGCAAACGUUCAUGAAAAACCCAAGUGCACUGACGUCGUGCUAUCCUACUGCGAUGACAUGCCCUACACCAAAACCAUGUUCCCCAACAUCUUGGACCAUAAGAACCGCGAGGAAACGGAGACGAGCACAGAGUAUCUUCUGCUCAGCGUGGUCCACGCUCUCCUGAAGGGCGAGUGUAUGCCCGACGUCCGCAUGCUAGGCUGCUCUGUGCUUGCGCCUCACUGCAAGCAGGACAAGGUUCAGAGGCCGUGUCGUAGCACCUGCGAGACGGUACGUAAAAACUGUGCCCACGCUUUCGAGGGAAUCGACAUGGCUUGGCCCUAUUUCCUGGACUGCGAUCGCUUCUUCGUUAGCGAAGAGGAAGACUGCCAUGACCCUCUGGAAGGCCUGCACGGUAAUUAUCCCGAUUAAGGACGAGUGGCCAUGUCCCCCGAGGAACCCUCCACCAUCAUCCAGUUCACGUAUCACUCAAAUUCCCAGAUGGUAAACAUCCUGAAGAAGACCGCUGCCCGCUGCUCCCACAUCUCUCGCACCUACAGCAUCGGACGAAGCUUCGAGGGCAAAGACCUGCUGGUGAUCGAGUUUUCAAACAACCCCGGGGAACACGAGUUUCUGGAACCAGAAGUCAAGUUGAUCGGGAACAUGCAUGGAGAUGAGGCGCUGGGCAGAGAGCUGUUGAUCUACCUCACCCAGUACCUGUGCUCUGAGUACCUGCUGGGCAGCACCAGGAUCCAGACGCUCAUCAACAACACCCGCAUCCACAUCCUGCCCUCCAUGAACCCCGACGGCUACGAGAUGGCCUCUUCCGAGAGGCCUGAUUAUAACAGGUACAGCAUUGGCCGAAUGAAUGCUCAGAAUAUCGACCUCAACAGGAAUUUUCCGGACCUCACCUCCAUCGUCUACGGCCGCCGUAGGCACAAGAGAUAUCGUAGCGAUCACAUUCCGAUCCCAGACGCCUACUGGUUUGGUAAGGUGGCUCCGGAGACAUACUCUGUCAUGAAGUGGAUACGUUCCAUCCCAUUUGUUCUCUCUGCUAAUUUUCAUGGGGGAGAUCUGGUCAUCUCCUACCCCUAUGACCUCUCAAAGCAUCCCCAGGAAAAAAACAUGUUCUCCUCUACUCCAGAUGAACAGGUGUUUAAGCAGUUAGCCAGAACGUAUGCCAACGCCCACACCACCAUGUCAAACGCUAACCCACACCGCUGCGGCGCCAAGUUCGUGGACAAAGGGGGGAUUGUUAACGGUGCAGAGUGGUACAGCAUAAAAGGAGGAAUGUCAGACUUCAACUACCUUCACACAAAUUGCUUUGAGAUUACCGUUGAGCUUGGCUGUGAGAAAUUUCCAGCUGAGGAUGAACUGUACAUGGGCUGGCAGGAUAAUAAAGAAGCACUGCUGAGUUUUAUGGAGUCGGUACAUCGGGGACUAAAGGGAGUCGUGAAAGAUGAAGAUGGAAACGGGAUCAAGGGCGCCAGAGUUUCGGUCAAAGGGAUUCGACAUGACGUCACUACAGCUGAGGAUGGAGACUACUGGAGACUCUUAACUCCUGGCAUUCACAUCGUGACAGCUUCAGCCCCCGGUUACACCAGAGCCGUAAAGAAGGUUCACCUGCCGUCGCGCAUGCAGAAGGCGGGCCGCGUGGACUUCGUGCUGAAAAAGGCCGUGUUGGAGCCGGACAUCGAGGAAUACAACAUCCCGGCCAUGGGCUCUUACGAUCGAUUCGACCCCUUCAACCAAUACGAGCGUUACAGUACGCCCGAACACGUGGUGCAGGAUGAAGAGGAAAGACAGGAGAAACCCUGGUGGUGGCCGUACUUUGCCCGCACCGGCAACCUGGCCCCCACCUGGCUUUUGAAGAACUCCUAGAGCGCCAUCUAGUGGCUCCGUCUAGUAAUACUUGCCGAUACUUGUCUCGUUUCGCUUUUUCCUCACCUGAGGCCCAAGGCUUUCCGUUCAACUUGUUUGUUGAUGUGCCGGUGUUUUUUGA